GACAACGAAGGUAGACCCAUGACCUAUCGACGGAGGCAUUCAAAAAUAUACUGCGUUUGCGUCGACUAAUUAGAUUCUUCGAGCUUGCAAGCCUCUGUAAAAGAGGACCUCGCGGUCGCUCCUGGUCUUUUUGAAAAACUAUCCCUUGCUGCCCGGGAAGCCGAAGGGUCCCGAACAACCUCCCGUGGGAUUCCGAUUUCUGAGUUCGGGGCGCUACUUCAAACGUAGCCCACAAAAGUGCGGCGGCCAGUCUCGGUUCAGUUGCAUUCUGUACAUGAAUCGGAGCGUCGAGUUACAAUUGUGCAUUCUAGCUAUUAAAAUACGUUAACAGCCCGGCAAACUCGUUCCAUUAGAAUACAGUGACCUUAUGACCGUUGGUAAUAAUUGACUUGGUAUUUUGAAAGUGAUCGGGAGUUGUGGGACGCGGCGUCAGACGCGCGUGCAUCGCACCACAUCGCACCAUUACGUUCAUUGAGGAUCGUCUAAGGGAUAUAUGAAAGGUGAAUUGGAGUGAUGAUCGAUUUGUUUGACGGGCAAACACGUCCUCUGUGAUUUUAAACGAUUGUUGAAUACCCUCAGUCAUCGAGUCAACUACUGCAUUCCUCGAGGCAUCCCUACAAUCAGACAGAAGUCGAGAUGAGCCAACCGGGAGAAAUUACAACGAAUGAGCUAACGGAGAAAAAGGCGUUAGCUACCGACAAGGAGGAAGAAAGGGAAAAGAUGCUGAACGCCGAGAACACAAGGCACGUUGCGACCGAGGGUCAGGAUGGCACCGAAGAUCAGAGACCCAGAAGAAAAAUACCAAUAGGAGGGAUAAAGAUGCCUGGAUUUUGUCGGACUAAGAGCAGGGAACCCUGCAAGGAUGACGACAGCAAGUCAGCAGAAACUGGAGAUCCAGAAAUCCCUAAGGAUGGCAGCGAUUCGCAGACGCCGAUAUCUGAGAAGCCAAAAAUUCCAGCCAAAGAACCGACGAAAGAUGCAGGAAAGGAGGGCAAAGAAGGCAAAGAGAAGGAAGGUCGGCGGGGGAUACUCGACGCUAUCCGCCUUCCCCUCGUUUCCGUCUUCCCCAGGAAGAACAAGAGCGCUAAGGACGGGGGUGACGCGGAACUUGGAACAACGGGAACCGCAGGUUUGGCUAGCGUCGAGACCCUCGACGAGAGCGGCGCCGGAGGUGAAAAAAAUAUUUCGAGUAACGACGACGGAAUGGAAACUGUACGCCUCGAUUCUGACGCUCCCGAUGCGGCGUCUCCUCCGCCAAAAUUACACCCUCUGUUCGCUUGCUGGUCAGCUGCGAGAAAAAAUUUGCUCGCCACAGUCGGAACCCUCCUGAUUCUUCUGGUGAUGAUUAUUAUACUCGGAAUCGCCUGCGCGGGACCACGCCGAGACGUCGGACUUCCGUUGCGAGACGCACGUUACGUCGAAGCGGUGACUUCUUGCGGUCCCGUCGAAGGAGUUCUCGAGGACGGGGGUUUCGCCUUCAGGGGGAUACCUUACGCUAUGCCACCCGUAGACGCUCGUCGAUGGCUCCCUGCCGAACCCUUUCGAAGGAUCGAAAACUGCUGGACAGGUACGUAUGCGGCGCACAACGCGUCGGAAAAAUGCUGGCAACGCGAAGCUUCCGGGCUCGUCGACGGAGUCGAGGACUGCCUCUAUCUCGACGUAUUCACGCCGCAAGUGAGGUACGACUCUCCGCUUCCCGUUGUCGUCAUGAUCGGCGCCGAAACGCUCAGCGGUGCGUCACCGGGAGUCAUGCAACCCUCUGCGAAACUCGCCAGAGUCCGGGACAUGGUGUUUGUCAGACCCAAUUUCAGGCUCGGAAUAUUCGGUUUCCUCGCCGUGGAGCCAUUGACGAGAUCGACGCACCCUCCGACAUCCGGUAAUUACGGACUAUCCGACGUGAUCGCCGCCUUGCACUGGGUGAAGACAAACAUAGAGCACUUUGGCGGUGAUAAAAAAUCUGUAACGCUCUGGGGACAUCGCGCCGGUGGCACUCUGGUUACAACGUUGAUCGGUUCUCCGCGGGCUAAGGGUCUCUUCGCUCGGGCGUGGGUGUCGAGCGGGGGAGCGAUAUUUCCAGGUAAGCCAUUGUACGAGGCUGAGAAGAUAAACGCGAGGUUCCUGGAUUCCACGAGAUGCAGCGACGCCGCAUGCUUGCGGAAAAAGAGCGCGGAAGAACUGAUGGACGCCGUGCCGGUCACCUGGCACCUUGGCAGCACGAAUCUGCCGGAACCGAGGGAGGCGACGGUCGAAAGUCGUCACGAGUGGCUCGUCAUCGAUAACGCGAUUCUUCAGGGACACGUAGGCCAAGUUUGGGCAGACAACGGUCUGCCGGUACAACUGGUGAUGGGCACGACGGCACACGCCGGUACCCCAGCUCGUCUGCGAACACCAAAUGCUACUGUGGAUGCGAAUCAGGUUGACAAAAUCGUACGAGAAUCACUCCUCGGUACGAUGGGCCUCGCCGACGAGGCCUUACGCCGUUACAACGCUACUCGAGAAGGACUCGCGAGCAUGACGUCGGACAUACGCGUGGUUUGUCCACUCCUCACUGUAGCUCUGCAGCAACCGUCGAUACCAUUUUACGUCGUUACUCAACCCCGCGGUUUGACAGGUCUUGCCGAUGUCGACAGCGAUGCCGCAGCUAUCCUUGGCUCGUAUGUGGCUCGCACCUUUGAGGAGAAGAGGCAUCUCUCGGCCAUGCAGCUUUUUUUCAACCACUACGUUUGGCAUGGAAAGGUUGCAAAGGAAGCUGGUGAGCUAAAAACUAACAAGGUUAUUCUUAUUGGUCAGGAUGCUAUUCCCGUACAAACUUAUCCCAACUGUGACUUUUGGAUAGGUAAAGAUAUAGUGCCCAGGUACGCCAGGGCUGAUUAGACUGACGUCCGCGCAAAUUAUCCCAUCACACAUUUGAUAUUGAGAUUUGAUGUUCCCCAACUUUUUUUUAACCAUUAUUUAUUAUUCGCAAUAACAUUGCCGUUGAUGUCCUUUUUUUCCUAUUUAAUAUCUACAUUAAUGUUAUUGAUUCAUGCAAUGGUUUUAAAUUCAUUGAGGUCAAUACCACUGAAAUACACAGUCAGUGACGUACCGAUUACUGCAAAAAAGAUGAUUGAUUUUACACCGAAAUGAGUAUAGAGAGCACGUUCGCCUUAUUCCAGAUAUUACGCUAUUAAACUCGUGAAAUUUAUCCAUAUUUCGAUAAUUUUUACCUAUUUUUGCAUGUCACGAGUAUCGCGGCGUGGGAACUGAAAUAAUAUCGACGGUGAUUAUGAUUAGUAAUAAUAAUUAUUAUUAUAAUAUAUAAAUAUACACGUGUAAAUGUAUAAAUGUGAAUGAAAUUGUAAUAUAUUUAAGUCAAAACGACAAACACAUCGUAGCUCAUAGGAACAGAAAAUUAACGAUAUCGACAUCGCGUAUUAUAUUCUUGCUAGAAUGGAGGUGUGGAGGGGUGAGCAUAUUUAGGGGAGUCGCAAAAAAAGCAAUUACCCUCUGGUUAUAAAUUGUUUUUUGCUUAAGCCGCUCCCACGAUCGCAGUGUCUGAUGCGAUUGCCGCAUUUUUUGUUAAGUGGUCCACGACGAGGUAAUAUAAAAUUGAAUAUGAAGAGAGUAAAUAUAAGAAAAUGAGCUAGGCCUCCUGGGCCGAUCUCUGAAUCGACAUUCUGCCGUCAUCUCCCAUGAUCUAACAAAAGCGAUCUAUUGUUCCAAAGAAACACAAUACGUAGUUUUUUCAUGCACUUCUUUUUAUACCGAGAAAUUUGCUACUACCAUUUUUGAUACCUUUAUAGCCCUGUAUUGUAUCCGUUGCAUCGUAAAUUAGUCUGAAUAUUUUUAAACUGAUAAGGGACUGCAACAAGAUCGCGUAGUCAGGAUUUACACUGUGAAUUAUUUUACAGAAGAACGAAUCUAACACAUAAAUGAUACCCUUGGUCCAAUUGAAUAUAACAGGGUUCCUAUAUGAAACUAAAAGACUUGAUAACUUGGAAUCGUUUGACCCGUUUUCCUACGUGUUUCAUCAAUCGCUAUGCUACACUUGAAUACUCAAUUUUUUGGUCAAAUUAACCCACAUUACGAAUUUUUUAAUAUUACGUGCGUGAUGUAGGAUUGUUUUCGCCUUAGAAUGUAGUGAGUAAUUAUGAAUGAAAUGUGAUACGCUGGUAUUAUGUGCAUCCACAGCUGCCGUAUGUUAGUACGGAUCGAUACAUUUCCGCAGUAAUAAUUAGUAAUUAUAUUACCGAUAUUCGAUAACGUUAAUCAUCAUUUAGAACGUAAGGACUUCGAUAAAACCCACCAAGUAUUAUUGGAGAAUGCUAGUUUUUACGACUCGUUAAAAUAAGUAUCGCGUAAGGGUAUAAUUUUUGAAUAAGAAUAAAAAAAAAAAACAGAAACAAAUCGUUUGUCAUUAAA